GGAGAAGGCCCCUGCGUGUGACCACCGUGGGGCCCAGGUGCUGCACUGGAGCUGCCCCCGCGCUGCGCUGUGCGAGGUCCACUCGGACUGCCCCCCGCGCGCACAUCCCUGUCCCAGGACCCUGCCGCCGGCUUCUCUCCAGCAGAGUCCCUUCGUGGAGCUUCCUGCCGCGGGCCGGCACAGCGAGGCCUGUACCCCAAUGUCCCCGCUGGCCCCUCAGGAGCUGAUGCAGGCGGCAGAGGAGCCCCUUCCGUGCGCCCGGUGCAGAAAGCGCUUGGGCCCCAAUGAGCAGCGGAUGGACGAGGGCCCCCCAAUGUGUCCUAGAUGCGAUCAGGCCUCGGGUCCUUUCCCCCGUGAGCCCGGCCGCCCCGUCCAGCAGCUGUACGCCUGCGUCGAGUGCGGCAAGGCCUUCACGUGCACCUCAAGACUGCUGCAGCCCGAGGGCAUCCACACGGGUGAGCGGCCCUAGUGCGCUGACUGCGGCCAGGCCUUCGUGCGCUGCUCCGGCCUCCAGGGCCACCAGAAGACGCACUCCGCCGAGCACCGCAACCGCGCCGCGGCCCUGAACCCGCGGGCCUUCCGGCCGAGGUGCUCGCCGCGCGGGGAGAAGCCCCAUGAGUGCACCGAGUGUACCAAGGCACUCGGCCUGCUCUCGCACCUGGCGGAGCACCGGCGGCGCGUGCACACCGCCGAGAAGCCCUACGCCUGUUCGGAGUGCGGCAAAGCCUUCAACCAGCGCUCGAACCUGAGCCGGCACUGGCGCACGCACAGCAGCGCCAGGCCCUACGCGUGCCGGCUGUGCGACAAGGCCUUCAAGGGCCGCUCCAGCCUGGUGCAGCACCGGCGCGCGCACACCGGCGAGCGGCCCUACGGCUGUCCCGAGUGCGGCAAGACCUUCCGGGGCUGCUCCGAGCUGCACCAGCACGAGCGCCUGCACUCGGGGGAGAAGCGCUGCGUCUGCGCCGACUGCGGCCGGGCCUUCGUGCGCAACUGCAGCCUCGCGCGCCGGCGCGCGCACACCGGCGAGCGGCCCUACGCGUGCGGCCGCUGCGGCCGCGCCUUCAGCCAGCGCUCCAACCUCCACGAGCACCAGCAGCGGCCCGCGGGCGGCGCGUUAAACCUCGCCUCGCGCACACGGCGUCCACAGGUGUCCCCCACCUGA